AUGCAGUCCCCCUCGACCAAAAGCAAUACCAGCGACGAGGUCGACUUCAGCGUCCUCAAACCUCUCGAACCGCAGGCGAAGUUCGGUGAAGCAAGUCCUUUGAGGAACCCGCUUAAGAAGCAGUCACCCACGUCGAAUCUGUUCAUACCCAAGAAGCCGCUGUAUCGACCACAACUGCACAGUCAGUAUCUGUCAUCUGCCGCACAGCAGGCUAUGCCUCAGCCACCGUCCCAGAGCACCUUCUACCUCCCUGGCCAAGCACCAGCAUCUUCGCGUCCGCCACCUCCUCCAUCGAACGUGCGGCCAACGCCCGUCUGGCAGCCUUUAAACGUACCCCAGCGAACACAAUACCAACCACAACAGCCGACAUUCUCCUCGGCAGGAUCAGGAUCCGGAUAUGCCGCACCAUACAGACCACCUCCACCACCCAAGCCUAUCGUCGACCUGACGAGGAACGACGACGAGGAAGAGUUCGACCCUGACGCAGCCAUCAGGGAUGGCCAAAGAUUCGGCGAACCAGACCCUUACAUGUACGUCGACUCGAAUGCCGCAAACGACAACAUCAAGAACUUACUCGAAGGUGCUUUUGACGAUAAUGAAGACAAGUCGAGGACGCGACUCAGAAAGCGCGCUAAGAAGGCGCUUGAUGAGGGCAAGAAGAAGGAGGCUAAGGGCCUGGCGGACAAGCUUGCAGCAUUGAAAGUCGAGGACAAAGCUGCUCCAGAGUCGGCUGAAGAUGCUGAGGAGGAAGAAGAGGAGGACGGCACAGUUGAGGGUCUCGCGGUCAAGCUUCUACCGCAUCAGGUGGAAGGUGUAUCGUGGAUGAUUGACAAGGAGAUUGGCAAGGGCAAAGUCAAGGGCGUGCUGCCUCAUGGAGGUAUCUUGGCAGAUGACAUGGGCUUGGGAAAGACGGUCCAGUCUGUGGCUCUGAUCUUGACCAACUCGAGGCCACCACCGGAUGCUAAGCCUGAGCAUCCCAAGCAGAAGCUACCUGGCAAGGACGUCAGCAAAUCUACACUUGUCGUGGCACCACUCGCGCUCAUCAAGCAGUGGGAGGAUGAAAUCAAAACAAAGGUUUCCAAGUCGCACGCUCUGCGCGUACUGGUGCACCAUGGCGCCAACCGCACGAAAUCCGCCGUCGAGCUGAAGAAGUACGACGUCGUGAUCACCACUUACCAAACCUUGACGUCCGAGCAUGCCGGCUCCUCAAUGAAUGUCGAAGGCGGCGCACGUAUAGGCUGUUUCGGCGUGCAUUGGUACCGCGUCGUGCUCGACGAAGCCCACAGCAUCAAGAAUCGCAACGCCAAGUCGACCCAGGCCUGCUAUGCGCUACCGAGCUGGUACCGAUGGUGUUUGAGCGGCACGCCUAUGCAGAACAAUCUCGACGAGCUGCAGAGUCUGAUCAGGUUCCUGAGGAUCAAACCUUACUCCGAGCUCUCUAAAUGGAAGGCAGACAUCACACAGCCUAUGAAGAAUGGUCGUGGUGGUCUGGCGAUGAGGCGUUUACAGAUCUUCUUGCGCGCGAUUAUGAAGCGCAGGACUAAGGAUAUCCUCAAACAGUCUGGUGCUCUCAAUUUCGGUGGCAAGCCUGCUGAAGGUGGCACGCAAGAUGAGAAAAAAGGUGGGAUGCAGAUCGUGAAACGUGAGGUGGUCAAUGUUGAGUGCGAGUUCGAUGCCACUGAGCGUGAGUUUUACGACAGGCUACAGAGUCGAGCCGAUCUGAGACUGCAGGAGAUGAUGAAGAAUGGCAAGAACACAGACUAUAUCGGCGCUCUUGUGCUGCUGUUGAGGCUGAGGCAGGCGUGUAACCACAUUCACCUGAUCGAGAUGGCCGCCAACAAGGAUAAGGAUAGUAUGAGUCUCAUGGGCAGCAAGCCUGCUAGUCACGGCGAGGAUGAAAUGGACGAUCUUACACGACUGAUGGGUGGCGUUAGUGUCGAGACCAAGAAGUGCGACGUCUGUCAAGUCAAGUUGGGUGGUGCUGAAGCUAAGAAUGGGAGUGUGCGUUGUGGAGAUUGUACGGCUGAUAUCCUUAUGCUGAAGAAGAGUAAGAAGACGAAACCCAAGAAGAAGAAGGGCGCGGUUCGAGUUCAACAUCGGCGCCCGGCUCAAGGUGGCGAUGAGGAUGAAGGAGAAUGGAUUGGUGAGGGGGCCGAGAGGCAUAUCGAGCUUGGUAAGGCCGGUGGAACGGACGACGAGGAUGCUGAUGGUGGUGGCGAGACGCUGAACUCCAUCGACUCCGAUCGUAGUGCCGACGAAGACGAGGAUGAAGACGACUCUCCGCCUCGCGCACGUACUAGGCGCCGCCCUGUGGUCAAAGAUGAGGACGAUGACAAUGACGAUAGCACGGACGACAGCGACAACGACUCCGACGACUCACCUCCAGGUAUCUCACGUUACUCCGGCAGCAGCACCUCUGGCAACGCCCAACCACCAUCGACCAAGAUUCGCCGUCUGCUUCGUAUACUGCACAUCGAGUGCCCAGACCACAAAGUCAUUGUCUUCUCCCAAUUCACCACUAUGCUUGACCUUAUCGAACCACACCUCCGCUCCGCCGGCCUACGCCACGUCCGGUACGAUGGCAGCAUGCGUAACGACGCGCGCGAAGCCUCGCUCCAUUCCCUCCGAAACGACAGAAAGACCCGCGUCCUACUCUGUUCGCUUAAAUGCGGAAGUCUCGGUCUGAACCUAACAGCAGCAAGCCGAGUAAUAAUCGUCGAACCCUUCUGGAACCCGUUCGUUGAAGAACAAGCCAUCGACCGCGUCCACCGCCUCAACCAAACCGUCGACGUCAAAGUCUACCGCUUGACCGUCGCUCAAAGCGUGGAAGAACGCAUCAUUGCGCUCCAAGACCGGAAACGUGAAUUGGCCAAAGCCGCUAUCGAGGGCGCCGGCAAUACGGUGAAUAAACUCUCGAUGCAAGAGAUUCUGGGCUUGUUCAAGCACGAUGCGCAACAUAGUUCUGCUGAGCAUGAUGAGCAGGAUCGUGCUAUGUGGGAGAAGUUUGGUGGGGAUAGUGGGGUAUUGAAGGCAGGGGGGCGGGAGGCGGUGGAGAGUGGGAGGUUGGAUGUUCAGGGCGGCAUAGGUGUCAAGAGCAAUAAGACGUGUGGUGGUACUCCGAGCCAACAUCAUGCUGCCUAUCUCAACGCGAAGUCUCCGAAAGUCAAUUCUUCGUUGCACUUCGUACUCGUCGCAGCUUUACGCAGGAACAUGUCUGAUGGUAUGGCACAGCUACUGCACGACGUGAUCGUCGACCUCAUCCUCUCUUCGAUCGUUGAGGAUCUUCUUGUGUGCGUUGUGCUUACUCUACAGCUUUUUAUGCAGUGCCCUCACCAUCUGGACCUAGAGGUAGCAUAG